AUGGGCUUUGGAGCGGCAUUUGACGGGAAUGGCUUUUGUACGAAUUUCUUUGAAUCAACACCCUUCAGGAUCGAGGAGCUUGCAUCUACAGGGGAAAAAAAGUGGUAUUUUUACCGUCCAAGGGACCAUAAGUACAGGAACAGCGCCCAUCCAAACCGUGUUACAGGAGCUAGUUUUUGGAAGGCUACUGGAACUGACAAACCAAUAUACUCCUCUGAUAGCACCAAAUGCAUUGGUUUGAAGAAGUCCUCAGUCUUCUACAGAGGUAGAGCCGCUAGAGGCAUAAAAACUGACUGGAUGAUGCGCGAGUUUCGUCUUCCUACAACUAAUAUUGAGUCAGCACAACCUAAGAAAUUCUUGGAUAGAAAUUUUCCAGCAAAUGUAGGUCCACAUCCUGCAGGUGGUGAUAUUAAGCAGAUUGCAACCAAAAAACAGCAGUCAGAUAUGAUUGAGGUAUUCACAGCUGAGUAUCCUCUAAUAUGUAAAAUCUUCGAGUACAAAAAGCCUUAUAUCAGCUUCAUGGAUGGCGUUACAAUGGGCUUUGGAAUUGGUUUAUCUGGUCAUGGUCGUUACAAGCUUAUCACAGAGGUACUUCUCUACGUCUAUGGAGGAUUACUCGUUUAUGCAAGUACAUCUUAUUUACACGAUCACUGCAUUUAUAUUGUCACCAGAAUUGACCAUCAGCAAGUCAUAUGAAAUGAAGAUUUCAAGUGACAAGCUAAAAGCACACAAUCGUCUAACAUGACAGCUCAAUUAGCUAAUACAGUUACACUGAGAUGAACUUUAAAGU